AUGCCCGAUAUACUUAUUAAAUGGAAGGGAUAUAAGGCAUAUCUUCUAAAGGAAGCACAACAUAAUUAUAUGGAAAAUAUUAUAAGAUAUGAUAAAUUUUUAAAAAGAAACCCUUUAUAUUACUCUUCAUAUGAUAAUUAUCAAUUACGUUUUGAUGAAAAUAGUUUAGAUAUUAUUGAAAAAUAUAUAGAUUUAUCAUUAGAUAAACAGAAAUUAUUUGAUUCAAGAAAAAUUUUAUAUGAUUCAAAUGUUAAAGAUUUUGUUUACUAUACAGAUGGUUCAAUUAAAGAUAUUACCAAAGAAUAUGUAUCAGCUACUUUUGGAACAACUUUUUAUAAUUUGUCCUUGCAAAAAAUUUUGGAAUUAAUAUCAUCUUAUAAUAAUUGGAUUUCAUCAACACGUGCAGAAAUUUUUGCUUUAUUAAUUACUUUGCUAAUAGCACCUUCUAAUAGUAAUUUAACAGUUUAUACAGAUAGUGCUAGUGUUAUUAGUAAUUUUGAAAAAUUUAAAUUUUAUAAUUUUACUUUAGUUACUAGACAAAUUUUUAAAAUUAGUAAUAACAACAUUCUUUGGAAAAUAAUUAUGGAUAUUAUUAAAGAAAAUAAUUUAUCUGUUAAUAUAUUUAAAGUUAAUGCUCAUACAGAUGAUUCUUUAAAUAAUUAUGUAGACAAUAUUGUUUAUUUGGCACAUAAUGAUCAAAAUUUAGGAAUUAAUUUAAAUUAUAAUAAUUUUUAUGAUCUUCCUUGGAUUCCCAAAUGGAAUGGCAUAAUUAUAGAAAAAUCUUUAAGAAAGUUAAUUACAUUAACAACCAAUAAGAAAAAUUUGGAAAGGUUUUUAAAUUUAAAUAGAAAUGAUAAGUAUAGAAAAUGUGAAAUAGAUUGGUCAAUUUUUUUAAAUAAUUUUUUGGGAGAAAAACAAAAAUUAUACACUGAUUUCAAAGAAUCAAAAAUUAGAAGAAACAAAAUUCAGUUGAUGAUUGAAGAACUUCCUUGCAUUGAACAAAUUAAAAGAACUUUAUUUUCAUUAUAUAAAGAAAGGUUUUGUCCUAUGUGUGAAGAGGAUGAAGAAGAUUUCAAUCAUAUCUGA